AUGUCAUCUAAGGGGCAUACGGUUGUCCUUCUGGGCGAAGCCUUACUCCGGCUGGCACAGGGAGAGCCUUCCGAUACCACGAAGAACAGACUUUGGCUGGCGGUUGUGGCCGAUGUGGGCUACGCGGCAGGGCAAAGCGACAGUUACGAUCGCCGCAUGAUCGUGAAAGAGGACGUCAGGCGAUUUGAUGACAAAGAGGCUUUACAGCAGGCCCUUAUGAGUGGGGAGCUCAUUGACCAUGUCUCUGGACGCUUGGUUCCUCUCUCCGACGCCGGGGAGACCGAAAUCUGGCCGCAGUGGUUCGAGACCUCAGGCGGGCCCAACAUUGAUGUGGUCUGGAUCAGAGGUGUGUCGUGUCCGUCUGAAGGAAGGGGCCCUGAUGUUUACCUGUGCCCUGUCGCGUCGAGCAACAACUGUCCACGGGAGGUGAAUGGCAUUCCCGUCUGUUGCAAUCGGCUUGCUCCGGGCUGGACAAAGAAGAACCCGAAGGACGCGUACCCCUCGAUUCCCUACGCGUUUGUGAGGCAAGGCGAAGAAGGCCGCUCGCAGAAAGCCGAAAUCUUCUGGUCCGAGCCAAUGGAACAAGAUAAUCACGAACCUUUGUUGAUCCUCAAUGUCGCCUGCGGAAGGGGCCAUGGUAUGGAUGUGGUCGUUAGAAGGCCGGCAGUGGGAGCAUUGUCGAAGGCUGGAUCCGAACGGAGUAGUGAGGUCAACGAGGGCCCCCUCAGGAGUCGGUUGUGA